AAGUCGCUAUGGUGACCGCGGGUCGGAACGCUGGGUGAGCUGGUCCUAGCUCUGGGAGGGCAAUCGCCACCACUUUCCUGGAACUUGAGUGAACCUAAUCAAGUGUCAUUUUUUCAUUUGGCUGGAGACUGAAGAUAUGAGGCUGAAGAUAUCUCUUUUAAAAGAACCUAAACAUCAAGAACUAGUAAGCUGUGUGGGCUGGACCACUGCCGAAGAACUUUAUUCCUGUAGUGAUGAUCACCAGAUCGUGAAGUGGAACUUGCUGACCAGUGAAACAAGUCAGAUAGUAAAGCUUUCUGAUGACAUUUACCCAAUAGAUCUUCACUGGUUUCCAAAAAACUUAGGCGUUAAGAAGCAGACUCAAGCAGAAAGCUUUGUCCUCACAAGUUCUGAUGGUAAAUUUCACCUGAUUUCCAAGUUAGGAAGAGUGGAAAAGAGUGUAGAAGCUCACUGUGGAGCGAUACUUGCAGGAAGAUGGAAUUAUGAAGGAACAGCAUUAGUUACAGUUGGAGAAGAUGGACAAAUAAAAAUUUGGUCAAAGACUGGGAUGCUAAGAUCGACUUUAGCGCAGCAAGGGACACCAGUGUACUCAGUAGCAUGGGGUCCUGAUUCUGAAAAGGUUCUUUACACUGCAGGCAAGCAGCUGAUCAUCAAACCUCUUCAACCAAAUGCUAAAAUUUUACAGUGGAAGGCUCAUGAUGGCAUUAUUUUAAAAGUAGAUUGGAACUCAGUUAAUGAUCUUAUUUUAUCUGCUGGGGAAGACUGUAAAUAUAAGGUGUGGGAUAGUUACGGCCGUCUGCUGUACAAUUCACACCCUCACGAGCAUCCUAUUACCUCAGUUGCCUGGGCUCCAGAUGGGGAGCUGUUUGCUGUUGGAUCGUUUCAUACUUUACGCUUGUGCGAUAAAACCGGGUGGUCAUAUGCUUUAGAAAAGCCCAACACAGGCAGCAUAUUUAAUAUUGCCUGGUCAAUUGAUGGUACUCAGAUCGCUGGAGGCUGCGGAAAUGGGCAUGUUGUUUUUGCACAUGUAGUGGAGCAACGUUGGGAGUGGAAAAAUUUUCAAGUUACACUAACUAAAAGAAGAACCAUGCAGGUUCGUAAUGUUCUUAAUGAUGCCGUGGAUUUACUGGAAUUCCGAGACAGAGUCAUUAAAGCCUCUCUGAACUAUGCACACUUAGUUGUUUCUACGUCUCUCCAGUGUUACGUGUUCUCUACGAAGAACUGGAAUACACCACUUAUAUUUGAUCUCAAAGAAGGAACUGUUAGCCUGAUUCUGCAGGCAGAAAGACAUUUUCUUCUUGUGGAUGGUGGUGGUAUCUAUGUAUAUUCUUAUGAAGGACGCUUUAUUUCUUCUCCAAAAUUUCCUGGAAUGAGAACAGAUAUUCUGAAUGCACAGACCGUGUCUCUAAGUAAUGAUACCAUAGCAAUAAAAGACAAAGCUGAUGAAAAAAUUAUCUUCCUGUUUGAGGCAUCAACUGGGAAACCAUUGGGUGAUGGAAAACUUCUUUCUCAUAAGAAUGAAAUCUUGGAAAUUGCUUUGGAUCAAAAAGGACUUACCAAUGAGAGAAAAAUUGCUUUCAUUGAUAAAAAUAGAGAUCUCUACAUUACCUCAGUUAAACGAUUUGGAAAGGAAGAGCAAAUUAUCAAACUUGGAACCAUGGUGCAUACGUUGGCGUGGAGUGAUACUUGCAAUAUCCUCUGUGGACUUCAAGAUACUCGUCUUACAGUGUGGUAUUACCCCAAUACAGUGUAUGUGGACAGAGACAUUCUGGCCAAGACCUUACAUGAAAGGGAUGCAAGUGACUUCAGUAGAAACCCUCAUAUUGUGAGUUUUGUUGGAAAUCAGGUCACUGUAAGAAGAGCUGACGGCUCCCUGGUUCACAUCAGCAUUUCACCAUAUCCUGCCAUACUCCAUGAAUAUGUAAGCAGUUCAAAAUGGGAAGAUGCUGUAAGGCUUUGCCGCUUUGUCAAGGAACAAACCAUGUGGGCGUGCCUGGCUGCCAUGUCAGUUGCUAACAGAGAUAUGACUACGGCGGAAAUAGCCUAUGCAGCAAUUGGUGAAAUUGAUAAGGUUCAAUACAUAAAUUCCAUAAAAAAUCUUCCAUCUAAAGAAUCAAAAAUGGCCCACAUACUAAUGUUUAGUGGGAACAUACAGGAGGCUGAAAUAGUACUUCUUCAGGCUGGUCUUGUAUAUCAAGCGAUCCAAAUCAAUAUUAAUCUCUACAACUGGGAAAGGGCACUUGAAUUGGCUGUAAAAUAUAAAACACAUGUGGAUACUGUUCUUGCUUAUCGUCAAAAGUUUUUGGAGACAUUUGGUAAACAUGAAACUAACAAACGAUACUUGCAAUAUGCAGAAGGUCUCCAAAUAGAUUGGGAGAAAAUCAAAGCCAAAAUUGAGAUGGAAAUCACAAAAGAACGAGAGCGGCCAUCAAACAGCCAGUCCAACAAGGGUCUAGGUAUAAAGCACUAAAUGCCGUACUUCCCUUGAAGAAGUCUAUCUUUUGGAAUUAAUUCUGAUAAACCAAAAAUAUGCGUGUUUUGGUUCCUAAAGAAAAAGGAAAAAAGUCUUUCAAUCAGUAUAAAGUCUUGCGGUAUACUUAAUACUAAGAGAACAUUAAGAAUAAGUGUGAAAUGACUGAUAUAAUUCCACCUUUUUUGUAUUUUUCUAGUCCAGUCAUUAGCCAAUAUGCCUGUAUUUUUUGGUACACUUGUGUGGUGUUGCUUACAUUCCACCUUUUUGCCCUGAAUCUUCAGUGUGAAGAACCAGUCAUGCUGACAAUGAAACAGUGGACUCCUGAAAAACUGUUAUAAUUAAUUUCUGUUCAACAUCUGAAAUAUGAAGUACUCCAAAAGCUUAUUUUACAUCAAAGAUUCAAGAAGAUGGGUUUGUGAAAAUGUGUAAAAAUUGGCAAAACUAUUAAAAAUUCUAUUUUAACUUAAAAUAAUUUUUAAUAGUGUAGUUUGCCGUGAUGAGAAAAUUACACUAUACGUGCAUGAGCAUUGGGACCUCACAUUGUUUUCGCAGUGAUCAAAGCAAAAAGGAAAGGCUUGCAGCCCGUCACUCAGUCAAGUGAAAUGAAUUCAAAUGUUGCUUUAAUAGUGCGUUGAUCAGGUAAUGAAAUAUGUCACUUUCCCUACCCAACUGCUAUUGAUAUGUGAUUUUGCCUUAUGCUUCGCAGUUGGUUUAACUCCUAUGAUGUUAUGUAUGUUGGCAGUUUGAUAUCAUUAGUGCCUUUGUAUGUAUUGUAAAUAUUUUGUAUAUUUCAUAAACAUAUCAAGUUGAGAAGAUUGUUUAUCCAGAAUGCCUGGGACCUGUCCCUGUUACAGAUGAUUAUUUCUGGAGUGUGGUGAUUCCCCACCUCAAAAAAAAAAAAGUUUUCAGUCAGAGGGUACGAUAUGUAAUAUAGAACAUAUUAAUAAACAAUUUUUAAAGCAAA